CUCUUCAAACAAAUCAUCAAAAAAAGAAAGGAAAAAAAAACAACAACAACAACAACAAUAAUAAUGGCAAAUCCCCAAGUUUCUCUUACAAAAUCUCUCAUUGUGAUUCCAAAAACCUCAAACCCUCCAAAAUUUUUGGAGCUAUCAAAUCUAGAUAGGCAGUGUCCAUUACAUAUGUACCUUAUUUUCUUCUAUAACCCUUCUUCUAUUUGCACAAACUCAUCACUUGAUUUAGUGUUCAACAAAUUGAAGAUAGGUUUAGAAGAAACCUUGUCGAUUUGGUCCCCAGCGGCCGGUCGGUUGGACCGAAACCCUAACGAUGGCAAGCUGAAUCUCCGGUGCGAUAACCGCGGUGCAAUUCUAGUUCAAGCAAUCACAAAUGUGAAGAUUUCAGAACUUGGAGAUCUCUCAAAUUAUAAUGACUUCUUUGAGAAGUUGGUUCAGAAGCCUGUUUUGAAUGGCAAUUUUUCUGAAUUCCCUUUGGUUGUGGCUCAGGUGACGAGAUUUGGAUGUGGAGGAUAUGCAAUAGGAACAGGAAUAAGCCAUUCACUAUUUGAUGGACCAGCUGCAUAUGACUUUCUAAGUGCAUGGGCAACAAACUCAGCCAUUUUCAAGGACGACAAUUAUAAGAUGCAAACAAUCAGUCCGGUUCAUGAGAGAGGGAGGCUUUUGACGGGUACUGUUGCAAAUCGGUGCUCGGGGACAGUGGCGAUCGAUCAUUUGUAUAAGUUGAUAAUGCAAAGUGCAAUGGGGAAUGAGGAAGUAGGGAGAAAAGAGUAUGUUUGUAGAACAUUUAGAGUGAGUAAAGAGAUGAUCGAGAGGUUGAAGAUGAAUGCUUUGGGGGAAAUCAAUGGUGGUGCUUUUGCUUGUUCUUCAUUUGAUCUUAUUGCCGCUCAUCUAUGGAAGGCCAGGACCAAGGCUCUAUCUGUGAGCAAAGAAAAGAUGGUAUGCUUACAAUUUGCAGUGGACGCCAGGAACAAACUCAUGCCUCCUCUCCCUAAAGGCUUCAGCGGCAAUGCCUUUGUGCUCGCUUCGGUAGCCUUAACUGCUAAACAAUUGGACGAAGAAAGCUACAAAACAAUAAUUGAAAUGAUUCAAAAGGCCAAGUCUCGAGUUGAUAACGAUUACAUCAAUGCAUACCAACAAGGCCUUGAAGGACCUCAGGCUUCACUUCCUCCUCUCAAGGAGCUCACUGUUGUAUCAGAUUGGACCAGAAUGCCAUUCCACAAGAUUCAGUUCUUACAUGGAGAAGCUGCCUAUGCAUCUCCAUUGAAGCCACCAAUCCUUGAGGUCGCUUACUUUCUGCAGAACCCCACAGAUGGCCAGGCGAUCGAUGUUCACGUCCCUUUGCUUGAACAUACUUUCGAUGCUUUCUCUUCCUACUUCUUGACCAGGAUGCAGUAAGCUUCAAAGUUACUUUUCUUCUUCAAGGUUUCUUUAUUUUAGGAUAUCCCUCUAGUAAUUAAGCUUCAAAGUUUGAAUAGCACAAGGGUUUUGUUCAUUACAGAACAAAUGGUCAAAAAGUACUAAGAAGAAAAAUGUCAUUCCUGCAUAGAAUAAGAGAGAGGGCAAGCUUUUCUGGUCUAAUCAGUGUCUAACAUUCAGAUGGGUGUUGUAAUAAUUUCCAUCUAAUCUAAAAUAGAUAUCGUUCCGAGUGUCAAAUUAAAACACAACAAA